AUGGACUCAGACAAAAUCAAAAAAGAAGCGCUCUCAGAUUCCUCGAAAUUCCUCCUGAAGCUUGGAGAGAUGGCGGCCGAGAAUCCCUCUUUGUUUCAGCCCGUAGUCGAAAUUGUGCGCGUAGGACUGUCCAUUUUAGAAAAACCUUGCGAAAGCUACAACUCGGCCGAUCCUGCUCGUCAUCACAAAAUGUUCGAGACAGCUGCCAAUUUAUUUACAGGACUCAAUUCUGCCCUUUCAUCUCGAAGUUUCCGGAGUAUACCUGAAGAUAUCGCGUCACUCCAGUCCUUGGCUGGAGCUAUAUAUGAAUGGGCACUGGUUUUCUACGAGAACCAUUUCAUUAAUACUGGUGAAGUUAUGAAGGACAAACAUAUCCUCCUUGAAGUGUGUCUCCAGCUCGCCAAGUUAUUUCAAUCGUUCUCCCUCGUACAGGAACUCGCUGAUAUCAUGGCGACUACGCCGGGGUUCAUUACCCGUAUCACAAUGUUAUGGAUUCACUCUAUUUGGAAUGGAUUAGGAAUUCAUAUUUACUACCAGCCGACCGUGAUAUCCCUCUCCUCGCAUCGUCACCGCAUUCAGCAAUGCCUCGAUUGCAACAUCCCGGAUGACAUUAUAAAGACGUGCUGCUCCAUCAUAUUGACUCAGAAGUGGACCUUUUCAUCUUCUGAGUUAUAUCCCAUGGACGGGCCCAUUGGCUUUGUCGUCUCCAUCGCGGGAUUCUCUGACAAAUUCCGCCACGCCCUUGUCGCCAAGCAUGCGGCAUCUUGGUUGUGCAGACAGCUUUCUAUCGUUAUCUCUAAGAAGAAGGAUAAUAUCGACCGGGAUCCCCUUCGCUCGGUUGAGCUUAUUCUCACUGGACUUUCGAGGUUCGGUCUCGAGGGUCCCCAUUGCAUUGUCGAUAUGAUUGACAGUGAUAUCAUAUCACUUCUGUUGGAUUGUGCUUUGAUUCCGGGGCCGAGAUGCAAGAAAGAGUCAGUGCGUCUCUUGGAACUGAUAGCAAAAUUUCUCUUAUACCGCCCUAUUAUCCCCCGAGUGGUGAGGUGCCUGCGUGGCUUGGACAUUGAAAGUCAGGCUCCGGACCUUGUACGAGAUGCACUCGUAGCUCUUAAGGAAGUGGCGUUAUUGCGAGAAAAGAAAAUCGAUUGGAAGAACGGGCACAAAUUAUUCUGCAAAAUGAUUUCGCGUAGACUUCUAGAUGGAUUUCCUCCCCUCCUUAAUGAACGCGACCGCCAUUUUAUAUAUUACAUCGUGGAACAGGACGUCCGCGAUAACGAAGAAAUGAUUGAAAUGCUCAAAGCUGAAUACAAAGGUCCGGGCGUGCCAUUUGUCGAAAUCGAUUACGAUGUUGUUCCCCGUACGAUCGUAAUCAAGACAUCAGAAGAGUUUCGAGACAGAGAAUUGCCGGAGGAUCAUAUAGAGCAUGUUAAUGACGCCCAAAGUGGAAAGAUUGUGGUUGGUUUCCAAGCUUAUCAUACAACAGAGGAAUUAUUCCAUGCGAUCGUGACCUAUCCAUUCAAUUGGCUCACAAUCUUUUAG